AUGUUAUCCCGUCUGCCAAACAGAGUAGCUCUUUACCGCCUUCAAGCACUCUCACGACAAGUCAGAAAUAUCGGCAUGAUGAAAGAAGCAAUUGUUUCUAGCGGUCCUAAAGUGGAGAUUGUUGAUAGUCCAGUCCCCAAAGCUGGACCUGGUCAGGUUGUUACCAAGAUUGCUUUCGCUGCGAGCAAUCCCAAAGAUUGGAAGCGACCGUUGUACUGGGGCGCCAAAGGUACCGGAAAUCAAGGCGAUGAACAUGCUGGUGUUGUUCAUGAGGUUGGCGAAGGAGUGUAUGAGUUCAAACCCGCUGAUCGUGUUGCGGCCAUGCAUGAGAUGAAGACACCUGGUGGGAGCUAUGCUGAGUAUGGUUUAAGCCCUGCUUAUACCACGUUCAAGUUACCAGACAACACAUCCUUUCAAGAGGGAGCGGCAAUACCACUCACAGCACUAACUGCUGCUUGUGCGCUUUAUGCACGUCUCAAACUCCCAGAACCAUGGCUUCCAGUCUCAGACUCUGAGAAAAUUCCCUUGGUUAUAUGGGGCGCAUCUUCAGCAGUUGGAUCAUAUGCAAUCCAACUUGCUACACGAUCCAACAUCCAUCCCCUCAUUUGCAUAGCCGGCAAAUCCCAAGAACACGUUGAAAGUCUAAUCGACAGAUCCAAAGGCGACACAGUCAUCGACUACAGGAAAGGUCGUAACGCAGUUAUCCAAGAGAUGAAACACCAUCUCGGAGACAAAAAGCUAGAGUAUGCAUUCGACGCGAUAUCUGAGGGAGGUUCAUACCAGACUAUUUGCGAUGUUCUUGAUCAGACUACUGGUAAGAUCACUCUCAUUAUUCCAGCGCAGAGUUACUCGGAUAUUCCAAAGACGAUCACCAAGUCUGUUACUACUGUCGCGAGUAUACAUGAAGAUCUGAAAGACUUUGGAUAUGUCUACACGAGAUAUUUCAGCAAGGGGCUUGAGGAUGGUUGGCUCACGGCACAUCCACAGGAGGUGAUCCCAGGUGGAUUGGAAGGUAUCCAGCAGGGGUUGGAGAAUUUGGAGAAUGGAAAGGCUAGUGCUGUCAAGUAUGUGUACAAGAUUUCGGAUACACCUGGUGUUGUGUCUUGA